AUGCCAUAAACUUAACAAAUUCUGUAGAUGGUCUUGGUGUUUUUGAGGGAUCAAAAAUUGUUUAAGAGUCUUUUGCACUUGGAACUAGAAACUUAAGUAAAAAGAAAAUAAUUACUCUAUGAAUAGAUUUCAAUAGACACCUACACUAGAGAAUUAUAAUUCCUUAGAUAGCAAAUUUUAGAUGGUAACUUUAUUGGGGCAGAACAAUACCUCUAGCCUUUGAAGACAAGACUGAAUGAUCAAUUUUCGUUUGUGUUGUUGGAGUUGAAGAAACAAUAAUAUUUUGAAUUGAUAAAUGCAAAACCAGAUGUAGAAAUACUUAUAACGCUAUUGCGAUAAAUUGAAUAAUUGGCAUCUCCCGAGGUAUAUAAAAACCUGUGUUAUUUUUUGACGUUGUCUUGUAUACGCGAUCAUCCAGAGUUUAGUGAUUGGAGUGUUGAAAAGGUAUUAGCGAUUUUUAAAUUAUAGGGAAGACUUGAUUGUUUCGAAGGAAUAGCAUCAGUGUUGAAAAACUUAGGCAAAACUUUUAGGAUAGAAAAAUACAAUGGCAAUACACUUCAAUAAUUGUAUGAGAAGGUUGAAGAAGAUGAAGAGAAUAAUAAACAUUCGAAAUGUAAAGUAAUGCUUAUGGAAUAUUAGUUUACUCAAAAAAGAAGUCUCAAAUUCAAAUGUAAUAGUCUAGUUCUUCUCAAUUACCCACCGAUUUCGAUAAAAAUAUUAUCAUUGAAAAAUUGCACAUUUCAGAUAUUAAUGAGAAUGAUCAAUCAUUGAUAAAGAAGGAAAGUGUUUUAAAUGCUACUCCUCCUCAUAGCAAUAGUAGUAGUAUAUAGUCUCAACUCUUUAAUUAUAAAUUUGAUGAGAUGGAUUAAGUUGCUACCUUGUCAGACACACAUCCAAUUAGGGCAGCUGCAUUUUCAUCAGAUGGAGAAAUGUUUGCAAUCGGAACCAAUUCUAAGAGCCUUAGGAUCUUUUCAAUGAAAUCAGUUUUGUAAGAAAGCCAAGUUGUGAUGCAAUUAGAAAAGUAAAAUCACCAUUAAGGAUCUAUAUAUUGCAUUGAUUGGAGCCGAUCAGGAAGAUUGAUAGGAACUGGAAGUAAUGAUAAGACUGUUAAAUUGUACAAUGUUGAAGAGGAUACGGAUUUCGUUUUGGUUGGGCAUAGAGGCUUGGUUAGAUCAGUUUGUUUUAGUGAUGAGAAUAGAUUGAUGUCAGCUGGAUAGGAUGCUGUCAUUAAGAUUUGGGAUGUAGAAACAUAAAAAUGUAUAAGAAAUCUAGAAGGCCAUACAUAAACAAUAUAUUGGUAACCAAAUUACAUAUAAAGUGAAAUAGUUUAUAGACUGCAGGAGAUGGAUCAUAUUAGGUUUCUUGCGGGAUGGAUAGAACUUUAAGAAUAUGGGAUUAAAGAGCAAGUAGAGCCUAAGGAGUUAUGACCAUGCAAACAGAAAUUAAUUAUGUUUCUCUGUCAGAAUCAACUACCAAUUACAAUCUAUAAAAUUUAGUCAAAGGUUCUAAAAAGGCUCCAUAAUUCUCAUCUUAAGGAUUGGCAGUACUCGCACAUUCUGAUGGUGUAGUUUCAGUUUGGAAUAUCCAACAAUAGAAAUGUGUAAAAACAUUGAAGCACCACACAAUGGAUUGCAGAUGUGUUGAGUUUGAUCCCACUGGUAGAUAUAUUUGUAGUGUGUCCUUUGAUUCAACUAUAGCCCUGUAUGAUUGGGAACAACAGAAAUUGAUCACUUAAAUUACUGAUCAUGAGGAUCGAGUAGUCUUAUGUAAAUGGCAUCCAUUCUAUCCGUUUAUUCUGAGCACAUCAGCAGAUUGCACUGGAAGAAUUUUUGCACCUCAUGGUUUUCUAGUAUAAUUAAUGAAAUCUUUAUGA